CGCCAUGAGCGGGUCAUGUUUGACAAGAUCACCUCCCGGAUCCAGAAACUCUGCUACGGUCUCAACUUGGACUUUGUGGACCCUGCUCAGAUCACCAUGAAAGUGAUCCAGGGUCUCUACAGCGGGGUCACCACCGUGGAGCUGGACACCCUGGCCGCGGAGACGGCAGCAACGCUGACCACCAAGUACCCGGACUAUGCCAUCCUGGCGGCGAGAAUUGCAGUCUCCAACUUGCACAAAGAAACGAAGAAAGUGUUCAGCGAGGUGAUGGAAGAUCUGUACAACUACGUGAACCCCAGUAACGGCAAGCAUUCUCCCAUGAUCUCCAAGGAAACGCUAGACAUCGUAUUGGCCAACAAAGACGUACAGCUCUUGGCUAUCAUUUACGAUCGGGAUUUCUCCUACAAUUACUUUGGCUUCAAGACGCUUGAGCGCUCGUAUCUGCUGAAGAUAAAUUCCAAAGUGGCUGAGCGGCCCCAGCACAUGCUGAUGCGGGUGUCGGUGGGGAUCCACAAGAAGGACAUCGAUGCUGCCAUUGAAACCUACAACCUCCUGUCUGAGAAGUGGUUCACUCACGCCUCUCCCACGCUCUUCAACUCCGGCACCAACCGCCCCCAGCUGUCCAGCUGUUUUCUGCUCUGCAUGAAGGACGACAGCAUCGAAGGGAUCUACGACACACUGAAGCACUGCGCGCUCAUCUCCAAGUCCGCCGGUGGAAUCGGCGUUGCGGUGAGCGGCAUCCGAGCCACCGGCAGCUACAUCGCCGGGACGAACGGGAACUCGAAUGGGCUCGUGCCGAUGCUGAGGGUGUACAAUAACACAGCUCGCUACGUGGACCAGGGGGGGAACAAGAGACCGGGGGCCUUUGCCAUCUACCUGGAGCCCUGGCAUUUCGACAUCUUUGAGUUCCUCGACCUGAAGAAAAACACCGGGAAGGAGGAGCAGCGUGCCCGGGACCUCUUCUACGCCCUCUGGAUCCCGGAUCUUUUCAUGAACCGCGUGGAGACCAACCAGGACUGGUCUCUGAUGUGUCCCAACGAAUGCCCGGGCCUAGAUGAAGUCUGGGGAGAGGAGUUCGAGAAACUCUACGAGAGCUACGAGAAGCGGGGCCGCGUGCGCAAGGUGGUGAAAGCCCAGCAGCUGUGGUACGCCAUCAUCGAGUCCCAGACGGAGACGGGGACCCCGUACAUGCUCUACAAGGACUCCUGCAACCGGAAGAGCAACCAGCAGAACCUGGGGACCAUCAAAUGCAGCAACCUGUGCACCGAGAUCGUGGAGUACACCAGCAAGGACGAGGUUGCGGUUUGUAACUUGGCUUCCAUAGCCCUGAAUAUGUAUGUCACCCCAGAGCACACUUACGACUUCAAGAAGCUGGCGGAAGUCACCGGGGUCAUCGUUCGAAAUUUGAAUAAGAUCAUUGACAUCAAUUACUACCCUGUGCCGGAGGCUGAGCUCUCAAACAGGCGCCAUCGGCCCAUCGGCAUCGGGGUGCAGGGCCUCGCGGAUGCCUUCAUCCUCAUGAGGUUCCCUUUUGAAAGCCCGGAGGCCCAGCUGCUCAACAAGCAGAUCUUUGAGACCAUCUACUACGGGGCCCUGGAAGCCAGCUGCGAGCUGGCCAGAGAACACGGGCCUUACGAGACCUACGAGGGCUCCCCCGUCAGCAAAGGCAUCCUUCAGUAUGACAUGUGGAAUGUCACCCCAACGGACCUCUGGGACUGGAAGGCUCUGAAAGAGAAGAUUGCCAA